UCUCUGUCUCUGACACACUCAAACACACGCACACAUAUAUACACGCCCUCCACCCCCAUCGCUGCAGUGUCUCAACUGCCUUGGAGCAAACACAAGAGGAUAUAGAGCGCAGACGUUAAUAAAACGGAGGACGAGGGGCGCUGAAUAACGGAGGGAGAGAUGCAUGCGUGUGAGUGUGUGUGCGUGUGUGUGUGAGGGAGAGAGAGACCCUGUGAACAUGAGGAAGAUAUGAAAAUGAAGCAGCAGGACUAAAGGUGGAUUGCAUACAGCCUUUCUCCCUCUGCAUGGGCUUGUCUGCAGUACCUCUUGUAAAUGGAUGCUGGGUGCUUGUGAACAAGACUUGAAGGCCUUCAGCUGUCCGGGGAAAACAUCACAGACCACAGAAAAGAUUUUAUCAGGAGGAUCGAGCGAAACAGGCCACACAGCAGACUGAGAUGUAUGGCUUCAGAAGCCAAUCAAGGGCAACGCACCACAAGAGCCAUGUGGGAGAGUGAGGGAGUUUUGCUGUUUGCACACGUCAAGCUCGAACACUUUCUCUACUGGUGUUCACUGAUUGUUCUCCAGGCCUCCUCCACAGCUAUUUCUCAGGGGGAGUCCCUGCUAUGAACCCCCGCUCCCUAGGCUUCAGCGUGCAGGCCAGCAUCAGUGCCAGGCACUGUGUGGACAUCCUACCAGUCUGGGUUCUGCCCACACAGGACUUACAGACUGCCCCUGAACAAAGCAUGAGAUACUCCUGAGUCACUCCUUCGUGGUGGCUCUCCUGUCUAUUUCUACACUGGUCUGUCUGCCUCUUCCCUAACAAGCGUCUAGCUUAGUAAAAUCCUCCCAGACGCUCCCCCCAACCUAUUUUGUGCCACCUCUUCAUCAUAAUUAGCUUCCCCAUCAAACAGCAGCACGAGUUCCUUCGUGUUCACCACGUGGUGGAGGACCAUGGGAUGCCGUCAGAGCUCGGAGGAGAAGGAAGCGGCCCGGCGCUCGCGGCGAAUCGAUCGCCACUUGCGCUCCGAGAGUCAAAGGCAGCGGCGUGAGAUCAAGCUACUGUUGCUGGGCACAAGCAACUCUGGCAAAAGUACCAUUGUUAAACAGAUGAAAAUCAUCCACAGUGGCGGCUUCAACCUUGAGGCCUGCAAGGAGUACAAGCCACUCAUCCUGUACAAUGCCAUUGACUCUCUCACCCGCAUCAUCCGUGCCCUCACCACCCUUAAAAUUGACUUCCACAACCCGGAUCGAGCCUAUGACGCCGUGCAACUCUUUGCCCUCACAGGACCGGCUGAGAGCAAGGGAGAAAUCACUCCAGAGCUGCUAGGGGUCAUGAAGCGUUUGUGGGCUGACUCAGGGGUGCAGGAGUGCUUUCAACGAUCCAACGAGUAUCAUUUAGAGGACAACACUGCCUACUAUCUGAACGACCUGGACCGCAUCUCCGCACCUGAGUACAUCCCUACUGUUGAGGACAUCCUGCGGUCCCGCGACAUGACCACUGGCAUUGUAGAGAACAAGUUCACCUUCAAGGAGCUCACCUUCAAGAUGGUAGAUGUGGGUGGACAGCGUUCAGAGAGAAAGAAGUGGAUCCACUGUUUCGAGGGUGUUACUGCAAUCAUUUUCUGUGUCGAGCUGAGCGGCUAUGACCUCAAACUCUACGAGGACAACCAGACGAGCCGCAUGGCAGAGAGCUUGCGUCUGUUUGACUCCAUCUGCAACAACAACUGGUUCACCAACACUUCGCUCAUCCUCUUUCUCAACAAGAAAGACCUGUUGGCUGAGAAGAUCAAACGCAUUCCUCUGACAGUGUGCUUCCCUGACUAUAAAGGUCAGAACACCUAUGAGGAGGCAGCCGUCUAUGUGCAACGGCAGUUCGAGGACCUCAACCGCAACAAGGAGACCAAGGAGAUAUAUUCGCACUUCACCUGUGCCACUGACACCAGCAACAUCCAGUUUGUGUUUGAUGCUGUCACGGACGUGAUCAUCCAGAACAAUCUCAAAUACAUAGGGCUGUGCUAGGACCUGAUGCUGGGUGAGGAGGGGCGGGUGGGUAAAGCGAGCCGCUUGGCAGCAGUUGGCCCUCCAUCAAGAUGGAUAAACAAAAGGCAUGUCUGUCUGCCCAUGUGUUUAUCACCUAAAAGCGGAUGGCGAGAAUUGUGAAAGAAGUAAGAAAAUGAGUGAGAAGGUCAGGGACUUUUGCCCAGUGUGUUUGCACUGAAUAUGAGUAUGCAGAGACACCCAAACAUACACACAGACACACCCCCAAUACGCAACCCUAUGUUUGCUCACAAACAAGAUCUUUUGAUCAAUAGUCAAGCACUUGUUUGUCAAGGCAACAUUGGAAAUUUUAGACAGCUACCCCAACCCGCCUGCCAAACCUGAGACUGAGAAGCAGGUCUGUGCUGGUGGUUUUCAGUUACGUUUGUCUCCUUUAUUUCAUUUGCCUGAUUCAAUUAAUGCUGCUUUACAAGAAACGUUUUGACAGAAUCAAUGCUCUCUUUUGAAUCUUCACCCCAGCUACAGGAACCAGUGAGUGCACUGAAUGAGGAAUAGAGAUAGCCUGUAUUUCUGAGAAAUAAUUGUCAGUAGCCAUGAUGUCACAGGGUUUCUGCCUAUAAGAGGAAACUGCCACAGUCUAAACCUGAAGUGAAACAUAUUUUCUACACCCACUAUUUCUGUUUUGCCCCGUCAAAUCUCUAGUGUUAUUCUUUUCCCCUCUUUCUUUUAUGUAUUUUGUGCUCAGAAAAGAAAAAUGUGUCUCUUAAACCUGCCUUUUAUAGCAGGUUACUGACUUCUAAUACCAGGAGUGUUACACUCUUUAGAGUCAAAAGUAUUCUUGAUGAUCAUUCCAGUUUCCAGCAAGAGACAACAAAAACAGUGCCAAGAUCAGUUUGUAAAUAAAAUGAGAUCCCAUUCAUCUUGGGUUUUUUAAGUUUUUUUUUAAUACAUGAAAACAUGCAUGAUUCUGUUAUUUUGGGAUGCUGAUGUAUCUUUCUUUGGGAUUAUGUUUUUCCUUUUCUUAGGUUUAUUAAUAUAUUCCCAAAUAUAUAAAUAUAUAUAUAGAUAUAUAUAUAGAUAUAUAUAAAAGUCAAACACUGUGUACGAUUGUACAGUUGUCAGAGAGGAUUCUAUUGAAAAGAGUUAUAUCAAUAUAAUAACAGUGAUUAUGAUGUUAUGUUGACAAUAAUGAUGAAAAGAUGAUGAUAGUGGUGUUGAUGACAAGGAAAACUGCACCAUGGAUCAAUCAAGACUGUAGAAGAAUAUGAAAAUGACGACGCAAACCCCGAAAGAUCAAUAAUUCCUACAUUAACCCAAGUGAAAAUUGUUCAACAGUCAGUCAGUCAGUCAGUCAGUAUGAUGUGUAAAUAUACUUUGUUCAAUCAAAUGAAAAAAAGGUUGAGUUGUGAUACUGUAAGUAAGAGAAAGAGGGAGUGAGAGAAAGGAGGAGAAAAAACCCACUCCACUCCUCUAACCCGUUCUUUUCAGCUUAGAGGGUGAUGUGCAAACAACUCAGCUAAGGGCUUCAGGCUUGACUUUAUGGGAUGUCCACUCUAACAAAAGACAAAAUGGUUAAAAAAGAAAUAUAAAAAGGACAACAACUAUGAAUAAAACAACUUAUGCAAAUUUC